AUGGAGCAACCAAGGCAAAGAGCAGCAGCAAAUUCAACCCCACUCACAACCGUAGCUUUCUUGGAAAGAGCUGCCACUGCUUACGCGGACUGCCCUUCCAUUGUCGACAAUCAAACGACUUACACGUGGUUGCAAACUCACCGACGAUCGUUACAGGUGGCCUCAUCAUUGUCGUCCAUUAUCACCAGGGGCCACGUGGUUUCUGUAGUGGGCCCCAAUAUCCCUGCCACGUAUGAGCUUCAUUUUGCGAACGUUACCCAUAAGUGUGGUGCGCCAGUUGUGCUUAAAAUGUUAGCAUCAAAUUCUCCCACCAAUGAACAUUUAGAAAAACCGGUCCAAUUCCUUGCAUCAGGGGCUCCAGUGCCAGCACCAUUGCUGUUGCAGGCUGAGUCAUUGGGUUUUAGAGUGAGUCAUAGCUAUGGGUUAACUGAGACAGCUGGGUUCGUUGUGUCAUGUGCAUGGAAACCACAAUGGAGCACAUUGGCUGCGUCAGAGAGAGCGAGGUUAAGAGCCGGGCAAGGGGUGAGAACAAUUGGGUUAAUGCAAAUGGAUGUGGUGGAUCCUGAGAGAGGAGUUAGUGUAAAAAAAGAUGGUCUAUCGCUCGGAGAAAUUGUUUUCAAAGGUGGGCCAAUAAUGCUUGGUUGCCUGAAGGAGCCAACAGCUGAAUCUUCAUGCAUGCGAGAGGAUGGCUGGUUUUACACUGGAGACAUCGGUGUUAUUCACCCUGAUGGUUAUUUGGAGGUGAAGGAUCGAUCCAAGGAUGUGAUCAUAAGCGGAGGAGAGAAUAUAAGCAGUACCGAAGUUGAGUCUGUUUUGUACUCGAAUCCGGCUAUCAGCGAGGCAGCUGUGGUGGCUAGACCGGAUGAGCUUUGGGGUGAGACGCCUUGUGCUUUUGUAUGCUUGAAGGAUGAGUUGAGUGAAACGCCGGCGGAGGAGGAGAUAAUAGAGUUUUGCAGGACAAGGCUCCCGCAUUACAUGGCACCUAAAACUGUAGUGUUCAAGGAGGAGCUUCCUAAGACUUCAACUGGGAAAGUUAACAAGUUUAUGCUCAGGGAUACUGCCAAGGCUAUAUAAUAGAAUUGUUUUAACAACAUGAGCUCUAAAGUGGACAAUAUGAUCAUCGUACCUAA